AUGGUAGAAUGGCACACUCUCAGUGAUCAACCAAGUUAUGGUAGUCAAAUAGGAGGAAAUACUGGCUCGAGAAGUAGUGGAUCUAAGAGAUCUCACAAGAGUGAUGCAUGUGGCUCAAACUAUGUAGGAUCUAGUGCUCGUCCAAUGGGUAGGGAGGCGGCUAAAAAUAAGGGUAAAAAGAAAAGCAAGGAAGCUGCCUUGGAGGUGGUGGACAAUGAGUGGGUUGAAUUCAAACAAUUCAAGGAGAAAGAGCUUGAACGAUUGGACAAGAUAGCAUUGAUGCAACUAGAGAUUAACCAAUUGAUGAAAGAAAGGACUCAUACUAAGAAAAUGAAAAUGUAUCUAAAGCUAAGUUCUAAAGAGCAUCUCGAUGACCGGAAGAAAGAGAUGUUGGGAAAGUUGGGCCAAGAACUGUUUGGAAAUUAA